AUGCUGUACGUGGUCGGGCCUAAGGGGCAGGGCGCGCCGGGGGGGGGCGGCCCGACCGUGGCGGGCCGGGGCGAGUUCCUGGACGGCGUCGAGGCCAUGGCCCACAAUGCCGUGCUGGCUGUGGCGGGGUACAACGACUCGGAGGAGGUGCACCGCGGGGCCCUACCAGUGGUAGAGGCGCUCCAGUUCUGCCUCGUGUCCGGCGGGGUCUACCGGCACCCCGACGCGUCCAAGCUGGACGUGGCCGCCGCCACGGUGCGGGGGCUCCGCCUCGGCGCCUCGGAGGGCCCCGCAGGGGGGUCGCUUCCGGUCGUCCGCUUCGCGUACGACGAGGGCGUGUUUGAGCGGGCCGUGCUGGCCGACGGCUCGCAGUGA